AAUCCCCUUUUUGUGCCGUUUCUCCUUGUUUUCUUUCUCCACUUUAUUACGCUUUCUCUCUCUUCUCUCUCUGUUCCUCUUACACACAUCGUGCUAAAGUUUCUUCUUCUUCCAUGUGUGAUCUUUCUUUGGUUAACUUAUAUGACAUCACAUUCCUAUUGUUCUUAACCUCAUUCCUUUCAGUACCUUUUCCUACUUUUUCUCUUAGUUCCAUUAACACACAACAAUCAAAUCAAACAGAGGAAUAUUAAAAAUAAAAGGCCAGUUUUUCUUUGGUUCUUGUUUUGAUAUGGCUGGUGUUUCAAGCCGAACUCGUAGCAAGAAUGUUCCGUUGUUUGGUAGUAUUUCACUUGAAAGAUCAACGGGUAGAAAGAGUGAUUUGGGCUCUGUUUUUGGUUGUAAAAGAAGGGUAAAAGAGGAACCUUUUGUGCUGCCUAAAGAUGCUAAUGUGAUUAACAUUGAUGAUGAUGAUGAUAAUGAUGAUGAUAAUGAUGGGGGUGUGGAGAUUUUUGAGGGGAGUGUUGAUGUUAAAAAAGAAGUGAAGAGUGAGGAAAGUAGUGGAAGUGAUGAAAUUGGUGGUAAAGAUGAAAGCUUUGGUGGUGAAAACUGGGGUUGGGUGUAUGAUAAUCCGAUUAUAGUUGAUGAGUUUGGUAACAUUUAUGAUGAUGAUGUUGGUAAUGGGGGUGUGAAGGGUUAUGAGGGGGGUGUUGAUGUUAAAAAGGAAGAAAAGAGUGAGGAAAGUGAAGGUAGUGAUGAUGAGAUUGGUGAUAAAGAUGAAAACUAUGGUUGGGUGUCUGAUAAUCCUAUUACUGUUGAUGAAUCUGGUGAGAGUGAUGUAGAAAUUGAGGAUUCCGAUUCUGAUUCUGAUUCUGAUGAUGAUGAUGAGACUAGUGAUGAAGAUUAUAGAGGUGAUGAGGUGAAUGAAGUUUCUGAUAGUGAUGAAGAUAGUUCUUGUAGUUCGUCUUAUGUUGAUGAUAAUGCAGAAGAAGAAGAAGGGAGGGAGGAGAAAAAAAUGAAGGUUGAAAAGGGUGGAAUUUGCAAGAGGAAAUUUGAGGAGGCGAGGAUUGAGAAACAAGAAUCAUCAAAGGUGGAAGUAAAAUCUGCAAAUGUGAGUGAUGACGAUGAUGAUGUUGAUGAUGAAGAGAGGGAGAAGAAAAAAGUGCAGGUUAAAAAGGGUGAAGUUUGUAAGAGGAAAUUUGAAGAGGUAAAGAUUGAGAAACAACAAGAAUCAUUAAGGGUGGAAGUAAAAUCUGAAAAUGUGAGUGAUGGUGAUAAUGAAGAAGGAAAACAACAAUAUAGAAGAGGUUUAAGUGUUGGAACUGUUGAGAAGAUGAUGGAUUCAUCUAAAAAGACAAUGAUGGAGAACAAGAGAAGGGAUCAUAAAGGUGAAAUUAACUUCAGUAAUUGUGAGAAGAUGAUGGAUUCAUCUAAAAAGAAAAUGGUGGUGAACAAGAGAAAGGAUCAUAAAGGUGAAAUUAACAUCAGUAAUGGUGAGAAUAUGAUGAAUUCAUCUAAACAGAAAAAGAUGGAGAACAAGAUAAAAGAUCAUAAAGGUGGAGUUAACUUCAGGAAUAGUGAGAAGAAGGAAUCGACGGAGAGCAAAAGUAUUUAUCGAACGGCACAGAGCAGUUUAUAUACGCGAAAGGAGUUGCAAUUAGUUGAAAUGCUUGCUGAAUGCUAUUGGGGAAACAAGAAUACCAAUGACCGUGAUUCAAUGGUGUUGGAGAGAAAGGAUGACAAUGUUAAUCGAAGAGAUACAAAACCGCUGGCUUCUAAGGAGACACGUCCAUUGAUAUGGAGUCUAAACAAAGUAGAAAAAGUGCCUAAAACCAAGGAGGAGGAAGAGGAAGAGGAGCUGUGGAAUGAAAUGAGUAUGUUGCUUAGAGAAGAAGAAGCUAAAUCCAUGAUUGGCAAUAUUGGAACAAAUGAAGCUAUAGAAAAAAUGGACAGUCAAUACUCUAGUUGUAAACACGACAUUCGUCUUGAAGAAGAUAUCGGGGAGUAUUGCAAAUUGUGUGGUUGGGUUGUUACAGAGAUGAAAUAUAUCUCACCACCAGUGAUUGAUAGAUAUCCUAAUGAAGGUUAUGAAAAAAGGGCUUCAUAUGGUGGAGAAAAUGUCCCAGUCUUUGAUGGAUCACAGUUCAAUGUUUAUGGUGAUGACUCAAAUACUCAUUUCUCUCUCAAUAAAGGCACAGUUUGGGACCUAAUUCCUGAAGAAAAACAAAGCCUGUAUCCACAUCAACAAGAAGGAUUUGAGUUCAUCUGGAAAAACUUAGCCGGAAGCAUUGAUCUUCGCAAGUUGAUGAAUGCCGGUCCUCGCAGCGAGGGUGGCUGCAUUAUUUCGCAUGCUCCUGGUACUGGGAAGACACGGUUGACGAUUGUUUUCCUCAUGGCAUACUUGCAGGUGUUCCCGAAAUGCAGGCCGGUUAUCGUGGCUCCUGCAAGUUUAUUGCUUACAUGGGAAGAUGAGUUCAAAAAAUGGGGCAAAGGAAUUACAUUUCAUAAUUUGAACAAUCCUGAAUUAUCUGGUAAAGAGCAUGAUGAUGCAGUUGAUUUGUAUAAUCCAGGGAAUACUGUGGACGUGAUACGGAUGGUGAAAAUGAUAUCGUGGUUCAAAGAAAAGAGCAUUAUUGGAAUCAGUUAUAACUUGUAUGAGAUUCUAGCUGGAGGAGGAGAAACCAAAGAUAGGAGAAAAAGAAAAAGAGAACAUGAUGACAUGAAAAAGUAUCUCGUAGAAGUUCCUGGUUUGUUGGUGUUGGAUGAAGGCCAUACACCAAGAAAUCAAAGGAGUGGUAUUUGGAAGGUGUUUUCAGAGAUGCAAACGCCGAAGCGAAUCAUCCUUUCUGGAACGCCUUUCCAGAACAAUUUAACUGAACUAUACAACACUUUGAGCUUGGCAAAACCUUCUUUUCCGAACAUGCUAUCACCCCAGCUCAAAAAGUUUUGCCUGAAGCAGGAACACAAAGCAGCAUCUAAAGAAUUGAGUUGGGAACCUGUUUAUAGUAAAACAACAGGAAGUCCUUCUGAUGAUAAGCUUAAGCAGUUGAAGUUGAUAACAGAUUCCUUUGUUCAUGUUCACAAAGGCUCCAUCCUUCAGAAGAAGCUUCCCGGGUUAAGGGAUUGUGUCCAGUUUUUGAAGCCAGACAGUUUCCAGAAGCAAAUUAUUGACAACAUUUGUAUUCCUCAGAAUCCAUUUAAAUUCGAGCGUAAGAUGGCAUUGGCAUCUAUCCAUCCGUCUCUUUUCCUCGAAUGCAGUCAUAUUUUAGAAAGCAAAGAAUCUUUUAUAGACAAGGAACGGCUGGAAAAUCUUAGACUCAACCCAUAUGGAGGUGUCAAAACCAGGUUUUUGGUCGAGUUUGUUAGGCUUUGUGAUGCAGUUAACGAGAAAGUUCUUGUGUUCAGCCAAUACCUCGACACUCUAAACUUAAUUAUAGACCAAUUAAACUCAGUUUUUAAUUGGUCAUUGGGAAAAGAAGUGCUGUUCAUGUCUGGAAAGGAUGAUAAAAAGGAUAAGCAAUACUUAAUCCAUAGCUUCAAUGAUCCAAGUUGCCAAGCGAAGAUUCUCCUUGCAUCGACAAAAGCUUGUUCCGAGGGAAUUAGCUUAGUUGGAGCUUCAAGGGUUGUGCUACUUGAUGUUGUAUGGAAUCCAUCAGUGGAAAGACAAGCUAUCAGCAGAGCAUAUAGGCUUGGACAGAAGAGAGUUGUAUACACAUACCAUCUCAUCACUGAAGGGACUAGUGAAUGGGACAAAUAUUGUAAACAGGCAAAAAAAGAUCGGUUAUCCGAACAAGUUUUUGCAGCUAGAAAUGCUGACAACGAUAAGUCCAAGAGCUCGGCUGCGGACUUUGAAGAUAAAGUUCUUGAUCAGAUGACUCGGCACGAAAAGCUUAAAGACAUGUUUGGUGAGUGUGUGCUGCAGCCGAAGGAGCGAGAUAUGGUCGAGAGUUUUGGCCUUUCAUUAUGAUACUGCCAAUGUGUAACUGUAUAGACCAAAGAUUACUUGCAAGUUAAGGUAACAUAAUUUCUAAUUGAACUGAUUUGAAUUACCUCGUUAAAGCCUGGAGAUUGUGUAAAGAAAACAUAACAUAUUUGGAGUUAUUUUAUUUUGGUAUUUACAUCUUUUGUAUUUAAAUAGUCCUACAAUUACAGACAAAAAAAAAAUUGUGCUACAAUUAAUUAACUUCCUUGCACGCUCAGUAUCUUGAAGUAGAGAGCAGUGCUCCACUUUCUCUUGAUUGACUUGUAAAUUAAUCUUUAGGAUUCGAAUGAAUUGGUUUGUUUACAUA